AUGAACAACCCGCCAGAUCAAGAGAAUGCGGCUGAACAGCAACUCGUCCGGGUUUCUUUUCAACAACGUCAGGUCGAACGAUCAAACACCAUCCCGACUUUUGCACGACACAUACACUGCUUUCGACUACAACACCCGCUGCAGGGCACACCGCCGUCGGGAGGGAAACCAAAAAGGGCGAGAUUAACCGACCAAGCCAAGGAAAAGGUACUGGGCGUGAGAAGACAGGGUGCUUGCUUGCGGUGUAGGAUGCUCAAGAUUGAGUGCUCGCUUGAGAAUCCCUGCCAAGCCUGCCUCACCUCGGCCCUCAAGGGGACAGAGAGAAAAGUCCUCAGCUGGAGCUACUGCAUCCGGACGAGGUUUGUCGACGUUGACAUUUUUCAGGUUCAGUCGGGACCACAGAAGAUGAGGACAGAAACCCUGAUGCUCAAGAUGGGCGCUUUGCUCGGGAGGAUUGCACAGCCGGCCAAGUUUGCCAGUCUCGACGAGCCGUCUUUCAACCAAAAGAUUACGAGGUGGUUGCUGGAUGAAGCAUAUACGGUGCCAGAACUUCAAGGAGGAAGUAUGGUGGCCGGCAUGUGUGCGAAUCUGCUAGGGUUGUCGUUCGCCUCGGAGGACGGGUCAAAAAAGGAAAAGGAGAUGGAGGAGUUGACGCAUGAUUUCCGGAGGUUUCUGAUGACUGCUUCGAUGCGGUAUUCCAACUUUGAGUCCAAGUUGGCGGGCAUGGUCACACAACAGGAGGCUUGGACAGCAGGGAGGAUGUCGGGGUCGAGAAUGCUGUUGGCGUUGGAUAAGCUACUGACACCACAGUACUUGGGGAAGCUGUCGAGAGAAAGCUGCCAGGUUCUGUUCCUGAUCGUGCUGGGAGCUGUGUUGGGGGUUGGUUACUCGAGCAAGAGCAUGGGGCAAGAGAUGGAGCGACAAUCCGAGGCUGGCAUGCAGGUAGAAGAUUGGGAGUUUCAGCAGAGCCCGACACUUUGGCUGGCGAUGCGGGAUCACUUGUGUCAGAUGCUGGCCCAUCACCUGAUCUAUCUCGGCGGUUUGCUCGGCAUCAAGAUGGACGCGGAAAUGGAGAGAAGAGUGAUUGAAUGGGCCGGUAAAGGGUGGGGGAGGAUCACACCAACUUUGCUCGGGGAAACGGAUGGGUCCCAGGCCAAAGGGUAUGUUUGGGGCCACGGAAUCUUAACGCCACCAAGCGAGGAGAUGCAGGGAAUCGAGCGCAGCAGCAGAGGAAAGAUGGCGGAUUCGAACCCCGUGUAUUGGGACGAGUCAACACCGAGAGCGGAACGACCUUUUGAACCCCCACCGCCCCUGGUUGCUGUGCCUUUUGACUCUGAAAUCUCACAAUUCCAGAGCGAAAGCUUGUACAGCUGGGAUCAGAACCCGACAUCUUAUCUGGAGAUGGACAUGCCAUCUGCCGAGCCAGAGAGCUAUGAUCGACAGUCCCAUCCUGUACAUUAUUCAAAGGAACUAGGGAAUCAAAUGGGAUUUCCCUUGAGAACAAACACCGAGCCAUGUUACAAAACUCCAAGCUUUGAACAAACAAGAGGAGUCAAGAAGAGGAGGACAAUGUGGAUUGUUAGGACGGUCGAUACCGGUCCGGAAUACGGGAGAAUCAACGUCUAUGCCAAGUUGAGGGGACAUGGGCGAAACGGGAGAGCGGAUUUUUCAAGCUUGGAGACCUUGACUGGAUUUGUUUAAAUGACUUAUUUUCCUUUCAAUUUGUUUUCUGAUGAUGAUACGAGUCAUGAUACCUUUUUUUUUAUAUAGUUUGGGAAGAUAUCCGGAGUGGAAAUGGGAGCACACGAAAGGAAGGGAAUAUUCAGUUCGCGUACAUAGCAUACAGGCAACGGUGUAUGACUACAAUUCAAAGUCCAAUACCACAACAUUCCUCGUUCCUGGAUCUAUGUCAUUUGAUGAUUUGGUAUCAGCCAAGACCAUCAACGACAACACGUUAUCGUUCUCCAACCGUGGCAGGUCAACCAGUGGUUCACCCCUGAGCCCUUCUCCAGACCAAACCUCUUCAUGAGCAGUAUACCCACUGCUUUUGGUUGCCCUUUCAAUAUACACACGUCCA